GAGUGGAGGAGCAGGAUGCUGAGCAGCCCUGGGUUCACGGCCAGAACAUUUUGUACACUGGCACAACGUUGCCUGAUCUAUCAGAUUGCAAAGAAGCUGCAGAAGCAACCUCCCUGCCAAGCCAAUACCUCAAUGACUCUGGCCUCCAGAGAAGUCUGCAGGCAGUUACCUCUAAUGUGUCCCCUCACCCCAUCUCAGCAGAUCAAGCCGAAGAUGUAGUCGUCUUCCGCAGGAAAUCCAGGAAUGACUGCAUGACGGCUACCUGCGAUAUCAACUCUGCUGCUCCAGACCGGUGCCGGCAAACCAAGUCAGCUUUCUUCGAGAGGGUUCCACUGAGUGAGAUCUAUCACAUACCCAAUGCUGUUCUGAUCAGGACACCUUCUGUACCCUGUGGGUACAUGAUUGUGGUGCAGUCAGACAAGGUCCCGAAGACCAUAGUGUUUCAGAGAGUCUCAUCAGUCAGUAAGACAAUGAGGAACGCUCGAACAGCAGCAGCUUGUGGUGAUGAUGUCACUGGUGCCCCAGGUAACACCCAGCUUGACUGCACACCAUGUUUCACCCCGCCUACAGCCCCAUCGCAGGUGGUCAAAGAUCAGCCAGCCACCCAAUUGGUCAUGCCCCUAGCGCUGACUGAGGACACUCAGCUUUCUGGUGAUGGAAAUAGGGAUCUCCUAACCCAACCUGUUUGGAAUCCACUUUCACCUGGAGAUAAUUCUGUUUACAAGCACAUGGACAUAAAUAUAGCAUUACCUGAUCCGAAUGCCUACAACCCAUACAUCAAUGAAAUGAUAGUGGAUCAAAUGAACUGGGUGAAUGAAGAUGUUUCAACCAUGGUGUCAGAUGAUAUAAUAGCCCCUGGUAAUAUGGGUCCCGUCAACUCAGCACUUCAGGAUGGAUGUUUCCCCAGUGCAGUACCUGAUGUGAACGGGUACAACCCCUACAUGAAUGAGAUGAUACUGGAUAAAAUUAAUGGGGUGAACUUUGGUGUUUUAUCCAAGGUGUCAGAUGAGAUGACAGGCUUCAAUGUUAUGGGCCCACCAAACUCAGCACCACUGGAGACAAAGGAUACAAGUGUGGUGAACACUCCUGUGUGUCAACCUAUUUUAGCUCCACAAGAAGCAAGUGUCCCCAGUUUGGUGUACGCUCCAACUUCAGCACAAGAAACAUGUGCCCCCAGCUUGGUGUAUCCUCCAACACCACAGGUAACAAUUGGAGCCACCUUCAUGCCACCAAGUGUUUCACCAGCAGAAGAAAUAAGUGUUCCUAGUUUGGUGUACCCUCAAAUUUCAGCUGGACAGGGGGCUAAUAUACCCAGUUUGGUGCUCCCGCCUAUUUAUAUUGCUCAACAAAUUGGAGCACUCCCAUUGCUUAGCCCUCCUAUUGUGCCACCCGUGGCGGGACCAAGGGCAGUCACUUUACCAAACUCAUAUGUACCAGAUCCACAAAAAACAACAGCCACUCUGCUUUAUCCUUCAAUCUUGGCUCAGGAGGAAACAAGACCCCCUUCAUUGCCACUCCCCCAGGCCAUUGUUGCCCACCAGCAUCAGUGCACUGGUCGGAAUGCAGAAGCAUUCCAUGUGAAUGAGGAGAACAGAAGAACACCCAAUGUGAUUCCAUUGGUCUACCAAAGCAUUAUGGGAGUGCCACAGAUGUAUGUUCAACCACAACAACACCAGUUUAUUCCCAGCUGGUCCAGAGAAACGCAUUCACAAAGGCUAUGUGACCCAGCGCCUACUGGCCAGAGUGCCAGUAUGUGCCAGUAUGUUACACCUGAAGCAUGUGGUAGGAGCUGGAGACUCUGCCAUCUGGCAUGCAUUGAGACUAUGGCUGGGAUGCCAACAGCUGUGGCUUUCCCAGGAGGAUCUAGGAUUGUGAUUGGCUGUGGGCAAGAGCAAGGCUACAACCCUGACCAGGCCAACUUGCCAAUGUGCCAGGACUUUGGGCCCCGUUUCAGGACCCAUCACAUAUCUAUGGGUGGUGCCAGCUCGUUUCAAACCCUCUGCCCCAUGAGUGGUGCCUACGUGCCAGUCAUUCCUACCUUCAAACCCACAGACCAUCGCUGCUGCCAGGCUGCCCCUGAUGUGAUCCCUCCACAUUAUGUAUGGAUCAACAGCCCAGCUCACAGUGUUGCCUCUUACCCUUGCCCUACUCCAUCAUCCCCACAUUAUGUACUGAUCAACAGCCCAACUCACAAUGUUGCCUCUUGCCCUACUCCAUCACCUAUGCAGCCCCAGGGCUUUGCCUAUGCUCCUGUCCACAUGUAUGGUCCCCGCUGUGAAACUGAGAAUGCAGUGUCAUCCACCUUCAAUAUGAGGACCCAUGCAGGCCACCAGCAAGGGACAGCAGAACACUGCAGAGAGACAUGCAACAGGUUAACGACAGCACGCCGGCAGGAAUGAACAACUUCUUUCAAUUGUUCCUGAAAACUGUUAACAUUCCUCAAUAAAAUCCUGCA